CGCAUCAUAGUGCAUGCAACCAUCGUAUAGAGAGGACGACUACACGAUAACUUGAUAACUUGAACCUAAAUCUUGUCUCGAAAUGUAUACGUUUGCUGCUUUGCUUGCAUUUAUGGCGGUUCUCGGCAUUGCACACUCGAGCAAACCUUGUAAAUCUCCAACGAUGUGGGAAGGAGAAGAAAGCCUUGAGAUUGACGCCAAAGAUCUUGCAAUGUAUCUUAAGGUAUCUUACGAUGCUGUCAACGAGAGGGUCCGUGCACUGGUGCAGGUUGAUUCUGCCCAGUAUGAAUACAUCAUCCUUUACAACAAGCAUCGUCUCUACAGCAUUGUACGCAGCACAGGAGAAUGCAAAGUCUCCAAGUAUGACAAGCCUUUCGUACCAGCCCAAGUCCCUGACAAUGCGACCUUCGUAGGUGAUGCGUACUUUGGACUUAAAAACACAGGUCUUUCUUACAAAACUUAUUAUGGGACGUUCGCCGCAGAGAGCAGCAAAGGAGACUACGUCCUCUGCGUAACCGAUGACGCUUGCAUUCCCUUUUUUAGCAAAGUCACCGUUAAGGGGAUGAUAAUUCGUGAAAGCUUCUAUAAUGUAGAGCUUGGAAUAAAGGACCCUUCAGUGUUCACUCCUCCAAAGAGCUGCAAAGAAGGUCCAGUUCCCCAAAUGUUUAAGGACCAUCCUCGUUACUAGUGAACACCAAGGGCCUCGUUGCUAUGGAGCUGUGAUGGAUUUCAACAAGGUUUUACAAGUCUUGAUCCAUGUUGACCUGUAUUCGUUAGUUUGUUUUAGAUAGCGAUAGCGAUUUCAUAUUUAAGUCCGUAGGCCAUUAUGAGGCUUAGAGUUUCUGUGUUACUCGUACGGAUCUUUUAAACAAGUUAAAUAAACGUUUUGCAUCAUUGUA